AUGAGGACCAACAGCCGUAGCAAGAGCUGUAGCGUCGUUACAGUGGCGAUAUUAUUGGUCGUCGGAGCCACCGCACAACAGUUUCAGGUAAUGAAUAUUAUUAUAAAAAAUAAAUUUAAGUUGCAUUUGAGAAUUAAAAAAAAUAAUAAUAAUAAUUGAUAAUGAUAGCGUAAUAUUCCAUCCGGUCGUUUAUAUGGUGUCAUAGGUAUUAUACACAAUGUAUAUAUAAUACGUAUAUUUGCAUUGAUGGUACGUGUGAUACUAUACUAUACUAUAAAAUAUAAAUGCAAGGACGUUUGGAGGUCAUGCUUAUUUAAAAUCUGAAGUAAAAAAAAAAAUAUGAAUAAUUUCGUUUUAUAACUUUUUUCGUUGAUUCAUUUCCGUGAUAAUUAGUAGCGUGGAAUUAGUAGCGUGGUUUUACCAAAAUUAUAGAUUUAUCUAGAUAGAUAUAUUUUAAUCGUAUCCAGAUAAAUGACAAAUAAGUUAUCCGUGCCGUUAUCUGUGAUAGAUAAUGAAAUAGCCUAGAUAAAUCUUUAUUUAAAUUGUUUAAUUAAUAUAGGUACCUAUUUAUGCCAAAUAAUAUAGAUAAAAUAUUUAUUUUACAUUGAUAAACGGUUAUUAUAAAUUAAUUAUCAAGUUACAUAGAUCAUAAAAACAUUUUGAUGAAAAAAAAAAGUUUUUUUUUUUUUUAAAUCUAAAUAAUUAUUGAAUUGUUAUAAUUUAUAGAUAAUUCAAGCGAGUAUAAUUCAAGUAUUAUUAUUUUUAUCUAGACAUUAUAAAACUAAUAAUAGAUCGAAAAUAUUAAUUAUACAAUAAAUUUGAUAGGUUAAAUUUGUUUGUCAUACUGGUUGGUUUAUUUGGUUCCAAUUAUUGGUAUCAUUAUGAUGCAAAAUAUUUCAAAUUGAUUUAUUUAGAAAUUCGCGAAUAAAUCAGUUAGCUAACUGAAGCUAAAUUUUUUACACUCCCAACUUAAUUUUCAUAUCAACUAUUCUAUUAUUAUACAACUUGUUUUUACACAUAAUGAAUUUUAAUGGUACAACUAUUAUUAUAACCAAUCAUCAUUACGCAUAAAAAUUUCGCAUUGACUAAUAUUAAUGAUAUUAAGUAAUUAUAGAUGAACUGAAAAUAAUUUAUUGUACGUUAUUUGCACUCAUCUGAUCUCAAUGACCAAUAUUAUACUCUUGAUAUAAAACACCAGUGAGCAUUUUGGAUCUAGUUGGUACAUUAGGAGGACAAUUUUUUUUUCAUUUCAAAGCAGUUUUCGUAAUAAUUGGCUAAAACAGGGUGAAAAAAAACAUAGGAAAAACAGAAAAGUUUAAGUGAAUAACAGUUUCAUAAUGUUUGAUUUUUAUUCUGUUUUUGUCUUUUGUUGUAAUUCGGUUAAAAAUAUUCGUAGAAAUCUGCAUUUUAACAGAAUACUUAUAUUAAUCAUUCCUAUACGUUUUUAAAUUUUAAAUUGUUUACAGGCAUUUGACAUGUUCCCGUUUUUUUAGUUUUUAUUUAGUUUAAUGCGGAUAAAAUUGUAUACUCCACAACUGAGUUAAAAAUAUUUAUCAAGAUGCUCGCUACCCCAUGAUUUCAUCUUAAGUGGAAUCUAAGGAAGGUUAGUGAAGGCUGUUUUCCGUGUAGUUUUUCUAAUAAUUGGGAAAACCAGAAAAAGACGUAGGAAAAACGGGAAAAUAUACGGUUUUAUUAUUUUCGAUUUUCUAUUUUGUUCGUAAUUCGGUUAAUAAUCUGAAAUACUUAUCUAGCCAUUUAUUGAUGUAGUAAAAUUUUCAAGUCAUUCUGGUGACUUGGGUUAUUUAUAAGGGAAAUUUAUAGGAAUUUAAUUGUUUUAAAACAUGGUAUUUCGUGUAAACCUGCGUAAUAUAAUUUUAUCGAUGGUUGAAGUGGUGAUUAAAUGUGCCACAAGGGGAGCUGGGGGGAGCAUAGCUUUCAAAAUUACUAACGGCCGCCUACCAAAAUAAAUAAUAUUUUAUUUGUUCUUGAAUUCAAUGAAAAAUGAGGAUUUUCAAUAUUCGUGUUACUAAAACAAAUAUAUCAAUACAUUAUCGUGCAUAAAAAUGUACAAAAAAAAAAAUUUGGACAAUUCAGAAUCAAGAUUAAGUUCUGGGGCUAUUUGAUUAUAGUUCGUUGGGUAACCAUAACAUAAAUUAAUCUACUCUGCUUAGAUUGUAUAUGAUCUAUAGAUAAAUAAACCAUGGUAAAUCAUGGUCACAAUUAUUGCCGUUUGCUGUGCGUUCUCACGCUUUUCAUUGUUUAAUUGAAUAUGCCAAUAUGAAUAACCCAAAUGAAAGUGUUAUAUUAAAUGCCAUAUUUAACUUCAAAAAAAAAAGACUGACAUACUUCGCAUGAUGAGUAGGCCACCCUUGUAGAUGAGAACUUAGGAAGGUAAUCUUCUAAAAAAAACUACAUUAAACUUAACUUUUUCUUUUUGAGCACUAUAAGUACAACUUAUAAUUUACCUCCUGUUAAAUUUUUAAGUAUGAAUGUUUGGUUUAAGAAUUUUAUUCACAGAAUAUCUACCGAAUAAAUAUUACGUAAAAAACUCGAAAAAUUAAAAUAAUUGUAAAUUACUCAAAAAUGGUUCGAAUUUUUUGAAAAUCUUAUCACGUUUAUAAAACAAAUACAAGAUUUUUGUUCAAUUUCAAGUUUUUAUGAAUAUUUUUAACAACAACAAAAAAAAACAAAACUGAAAAUAAUAAAAUUAUUUUCGUAAAUGUUCACAAUAUUUUCCAAAUAUUCAAAAAACUGUUCGGAAAAUCAAAAUUUCUCUCCUUAAAGUACUAACUAAAUUGGAACAAGAUUUUUUGAGGACAUUUAAAACAAAGUAUAUAUAUAUAAAAAAAAAAAAUAACUAAAUAAAAAAUAUACAACUUUGUAAAACCUUGGUAAUUCCUCGUUCGCUCAGAAUCAUAAACCAAUGGAUAACAAAUGAUUGUUGUUGUCAUUCAGUGAUCUUUUCAUAUUCACUGCAGUAUACUAUUUAUACUCAAGCCCCUACUAGGUGAACACAUGGAUAUGCUAUUCUUCGUGAAAAAAUGUGUAAUUUUAAGACAUCAUACAGUUUAUUUUACAAAAAAGCAAAUAAGUAAACAUUUCAUAAGCUAACACGACUAAUCACUACUAUAUUAAUAAAAAAAAAUAAUUAUGAUUACUGACAAACUGGUAAACGAAAAUUAUUAAACUUUAAAAGCGGCAUCUUUCGAUUUCCAAUUGGUCAGUGGCAAUCAUGCAUAAUAAUUAUGAUGACAAUUUUUCUUUUUAUGAUUACUAAAUAAAAUAAAUAUACGGUUAUAACUAAUUUAUAUAAGCACAGAAUAUAUUAAUAUAUAAUAUACCUAUUAGAUAUUUAGAUAUCAAUGGGCCUAAUGGAGGAGGAGGGGUCCGGACUCCAUUAAUCCCUCUCCCCCAUAAAUUCACCACUGUAUCAGGAGUGUUUUGGUGAUUCAGUUUUUGAUGGACAGAAAUUAUAUAAUAUAUAGAGUGGUUUUUUAAGCAUGUUCACUCCAUUUUUAUGGUUAAAAUAUGUAUUAAUACAAAUUCUGAUUUUUGGAAUUUUUAAGUACAGUUAAUAACGAUAUGUUCACAACAUUUAAGAAGUAUUCUGUAGCAAUAACAAAUUUGGUUUUUCAAAUGAAAACCUAUAUGUUUUGAUGCAAAUUGCUAAUCCACUGAUUUUUUGAAAUUAUUAAAGUAUAUCUUUUGUAAUCGAAAUUUGAUCGUAAAGUUUCUAAGUUAUUCCUUUAAAUACUGAGAAUAUUAGCCUUUUAUGUGGUUUGGAUACCGACUGUUUAAUUGGAGUGAUAUGUAGGCAAUUUCUUGUUUUGAAUUGUGUAGUUAUUUCUUUUAUUAUUUAAACUAGAAUAACUCUGAAAUUUCAAAUUUCGAUUAUAAUAGGUCAACAUUUUUAGAAAAAUCAUCAAAUUCACAAUUUGCAUUAAAACAUGUUGGUUAUCAUUUGAGAAACCAAAGUUGAUAUUGUCACAAGAUACUUAUUUUACUCCUAAGUAAAGUAAGCGAAGUGAAAAAUCUAAGUAUUCGAAAAUAUCAACUUUCAAUACACUUAAAAAUUCAAAAUCAGAAUUGAAAUGUAUGCAUUAUUUAAUUAUAAAAAUUGGCUGAGUAAGUUUAAAAAAUCAUCAUGCAUACUACUGUUAAUAUAAUAUUUAAGAAAAAUGAGAUAAUGCGGAAUAUAUCCCCCUCAUCUCUGCGUAUGCCAUUCUUUCUACGAAAACACUGUAUACUCUCAACAUUUCGUUAAAAAAUCUUGGGUUUACUGUGUAUGCUCUCAAAUAGCUUUUGAAAAAAAAUAAUAACCGCAGUGAUAUACUACUACAAUUAUCCGUUCAUACAACUUAAACCGUAUGUCACUAAAACCGCAACAGUAUUAUAAAUUGUAUUUAUUUCAGAUAUUUCAGUACUUCUAAUAAAACAAAUUCACAACAAUUUUUUUUUUAAAAUAAUUUUUAGUGUUUAAUUUUUUUAAUUUAAAUUAACUUUUUAAUUUACUAUAGUACGAGAAAAAUUAUGACAAACGUUGACAUCCUUUGGAAUACCAAAAAAGAUUAUCACACUGACACAAAAUAUAUGUAACACAAUAAUCUAUAUUAGGGUUAAAUUUAAGAAUGUCCUGUCACCUGUCUUUACCAUUGCAAACAGAUUACGACAAGGAGAUUCAAUGUUAUCGUUACUAUUCUAUCUCGCAUUAAAGGUAUAAUACGAAAAGUUCCACGAACAGAAUCAAUGACACUGGGGGAUGGAAAUAUAUUGCAUACAUAUGCGGUCGAUAUCGUGGUUAUAGGAAAAACGCAAAAUUAAGUAAAAAAAAUAUGAUGGAAAUGAUGAAAGCGGAAAAAAGUAUUAGUCUAAAAGUUAACAUGGAAAAAAUGAAGUACAUAAUAAUGACAGAAAAAUAGGAAAUUGAUCAUGUAUAAUUAUAGAUAACAAUAAAAUAGAACAGAUACGAGAGUUUCUAUAUCUAGGGGUGACAUUGACAGGCUAUGGCGAAAUAAACAUAAGACUAUCCACGGUAAACAGGUGUUACUUUGCUCUAGCAAACCUUUUUAGGUCAAAACUUAUGUCGAAAAACUCAAAAAAACCACUAUAUACUAGCUACGUGAGACCAGUCUGUACGUAUGCCUGUGGUACAUGGCCUGAAAAGUGAGAUACGCGUUCACGGAGAAAACCACGCCGAAGUUGGGUGAACUGACGCAGUCACGAGAGAUAGACGGGAAUGUAUCACAAAACAGAGAAAUAUGGAAACGUUUAGUUUUGGCAACUAAAAGUCUAAAUGGCUUGUAAAGCUAGAAAAAAAAAUAUAAUUUUUCUUAUAAUUUCGGAUAUCUAUUUCCCUGUGAACAGCACAAACAUUAUAUUAUAUAUAUAAUACGCCAGUAACGCAGGACGCAAUAUUUGUAUAUUCUCAAAAAAUGUCGACGAGAAUACCUACCAUUGCCUUCGGGGGGGGGGAGGGGGGGAGGAGCACGCAACACAAUUACGAGACACACGACUUCUCUAGUAUGGAAUCGGAUUGUCGAGUACAAUAACAAUAAAUAAUAAGAAUACGAUCUUUGAGUCGACGAUGUAAUAUUGCACGCGUCUGUAAAGACAUAAUUUUGUAAUGUAUUCAGCAGCAGCAACGGUGGCGGCGGCGGCGGUGGUCGUCGUCGUCUACGUCCGACGGGUUCGCGGGUGAACGGACGGACGGGUUACUCUGUGUUAUAACAAGCGAUUUUAUAACCGCUCUCCCGAUAAGUGGUACAAUGACGGCCGUCCAAGGUCGUCCACCUGCUAUCCGUGCGGCUGAUCAGUGGCGACCCACAUUUCGCCGGUUUCGCACUAUUAAAACAGCGCCGAAGCGAUCGUCACCGGCCUCUGGUUCGGUCCACAUUGGCGAUGCUAAAGGAUAGGAACUGCAACAGUUUUCCCGUCGAAAAUAACGGAAUUUCCCUUUAUUUCCCGCCGAAAAAUUUGCCCCAGAAAUGCGUAUGGAUUUUCACAAAAAAAAACUGACAUAAACUAAUGGAUUUCAAACAUUACGCUAUAACGAAUCAAAAACAAUUAUAAUAUCGUGAGUUUUAAAGAUCCUAGAACCCAACUUUAUUACCAGUUUUGAAAUCCACCAAUUAUAUAUUAGAAGGUCAAGGAAGGGUGUUUUUUUUUUUUUUAACUUGGUGUUAUUUAUGGUGUAGAAUGCCGAUAUUUAUAUUUUCGAGGUUUAAGGGCCUAAAUUUGAAAUAGUUUUUAAAUGUGGAUGAAGGGUUUUUCAGAUAUUUACAGCGGCACAAACACUAAACGUAUAAACUAUGACGAAAAAUAGUGUAAUGUAUUAGAUUACUUAUCAAGUCGUAACUAAACUGAGGAAAGAUACGGGCCGAAUAAUGCUACACUUUAUUAAAGUCGACAUUAUAAAUAAUUAUAAAAUCAUAAUAAUAAAAUUCAUUAAUUGGUAUAAUAUCGUAUAUUUUCACAUUCCCGCAUUUGUUCAACUUAAAAUAGUGAUUUGUUAAAAAUAACAUUUUUUUUUUCUCGAAUAUUGUUCAUAGUACACAAUUUAUCAAAUAGUAAACUAAAAAGUUUUAACGCUUAUUUUUAAAAAAAAAAAAAGACUGAUUUUUUCGAUUUUAAAACACUAUACAACAACGUUAGUGACCUCGUUAUACAUUAUUAUCACAGAAUAUAAAUGCUUAUCACGGAUGAAUUUAAUAAUUUUAAUUUUGAAAUCAAAUAAAUAAUUUGUAUUGAUUUUAUCGACCAACAUAUUUAAUUUUAAUCAUAAUUAUUAAUUAAUAGAGAUACCUCUUAUAUUUUAUAAACUUUAUUAAAGUUGAAAUGUACCAUAAUUUUUAGUAAAAUACACAAAGUAAACCUUUGUAUUGUAUUGCAUUGUAUGAUAUUUUCAAAUUAAAAAGAUAUAUAAUUUCCUUGUUUCCAUUUCGCAAAAUAUAUGCUAAAAUGUCUCCGCGUGAAGAGACAGCAUUACUUCACAUAUUAAUAAUAUUAUAUAGGGCCAUCGCUCCCUCCCAUUCUUUUGCAAAUAUACUCUUUGCUCUAAUUUACUCUGACUUUGAUUUUUAUAAUUUAUGUACAACAUAUUGGAGAUAAAAAAAAAAAAAUAUAAAAAAAUUGUUCUUUAAACUAAAUCUGUUAUAUCGUUUAUAAGUUUAAUAUAAUACUGUGCUAUUGUGCAGUAGGUACUUGACCUAUUUGAAGUUUUUUAUUUGCUUCAAUGAAAAAUAUUUUGUUAUUAUAUUUUUAGUAAAGAUGUUUAAAUGUAUACCAAAUCAAAAAUUACACGAUAUUAUAUUAAGAUUUGAUAAAUAACAGUUAUAUUUUUUAGCUUAACUAGGAAUGCAUUGGUUUUUCUGUAACGUGUAAUACUUGUUUUCAUUUUAUUUUUCUAAACACAACCAACUUUAAGGGUUGUUUCUGAUUUCAAAUUCGAUUUAGAUGAUACAAUUUGAAAAGUAACUAUUUUUCGGAUUUUCCUUGUAGUUUUCUAAAUAUUGGGGGAGAAACGUCGGAAGUUGGGAUUAAUUGCGUGAUAAUAAUUUAUAUUAUUUUCAAUUUAGUUUUUUCGUUGUAUUUCAGUUAGGAACAACGGCAGUGACCCAAAUUUGCAUUAAAUAUCUAUACUACCGUUUCCUAGAUGUAGUGCAAUUUUUAAACCAUUCUGUCAAUUCUCGAGUUAUUUAUAGUUUUUUGAAACUUUAAAUUUAUUUAAGUUUUUGUUUGUUUUUAUGUGGAUACAUUUUUUUUUUUUUAAUAUGUGGUUCAUUAUAAUGUGACCAUUAGGUACUAUAAAAAUAUUGAAAAUCCGUACUCACAAAUUUGUUUAAGAAGAGGUUAUAAAGUUCAAAUUUUGAUGAAUAUCAUAAAAUUCACUGCUUUUCACGUAUACUAUUUUCCAAUUGUUAAGCUCUAGAAAAAUUCUCAAAAAACUACGGACAUUUGCAAUUUAUUUGUUAGUUAGGUACAAAUAAUACAACUUUCAGUUCAUUAAGUUUAUUAAAAUAAGAUUAACUGAACUUCGCUCAGUAUCAUUUUGAAUACGCUUAUAAUAUAAAUUAAGUUACUCUAUAUUUACAUAUUAUCAUCCUAACUUUAUACCUACAACAGAAGUACACCCAUCAGCAGUACGAUGGUCAUAACGGCGAUGCAUAAAACACCCGCUAUGUUCUUAAUGACAAAUCCUGAAUACGCCACUCUAUUGAGAAAUCAAAUGUUCACCAUUAAAAACAAGAAUAUACACUGUGAUGAAACGUCAGUAUUUUUAUGGUUGAUUUUUAUACACAUAAGUACAAGUAUAACCAGUUAUAGGGUGACAUUGUUUAAAUCAGAAAAAGUAACAAAAAUCACUGUGUUUAAAUUACAUUUUGGAGUAUGUACAUCUCGAAAAUGUGUGUACGUCACUAUAUAGUGAUAUGAAAACGCUCUAUUACAUUACGAAUAACGCAUUUAUAGUGUCAAUUCGUUCGGAACAAUAAUUAUUUAAAUUUAAAUACGUGAUAUUAUUAUUUUUGUUUAUAGACCAACGACAGCGAACAACGCGGACCAAGGUCUUUGGACGUGAUCACCAGAUUAUUGGGCAGUAGCAGCGGCUCUGUAGUCGGCUCGUCUUCUAGCGGAUCUUCGGCCGGUGUACCUUCUUCGUCGAGCUCGUCGAGUGGAUCGGUGAGUAUUUCAUAAUGUCAGCUGCAAUUAUGUUGCUUCACAAAUAAACUUGACCUAACAUCGAGGGUUUCUGAUUAAAAAUUCCGGGCACGUGUGUAAGGCGUAUAAAAUAUUCGACCGCAUCAACGUAAUAAACAUUAGCUAAUAGUAACAGAGUUAUAUUUAUACCCAAAUAGAUCGUUGUCUUGUAUACAUGGUUUUGAUUUUGGUCAUGUUUAAUUAAUCAGUAAGCAAUUAUAGUACUUUUUUCGUAAGGUCGAGUAUUUUAGCUAUAUAUAUAACAUAAACAACGUAUGUAUAGUAUUCGGUCUAGCAUCAUGUACAUGUUCGUAUUAUAUUAAAUUCGAUGGUCGUUUUUUAUCGGCUCGUCUACAAAAUAUUCUGGUAUAUUUUUACCCGUGGAUGUAAUUAGGCGUUUCACUACAAAUAAAAAGAGGCCACCAUGAAAUCAUUUUACGAACGAAGUAUCUACUAGAAUAUUUGUUAAUUUUUUCAGGGGUGGAAGAGUGAUUACAUUUUAGAUUCUAAACAGAGCGAAGAAUAUGUUGCUUUUACAGUGAAGUUUUUUUUAAAUUUAUAAACAACUUUUUAGAACGAAGUUCGGUUAAAUAUGUUUUAAAAGGUCGUAAUAUUUACGAAUUUUGUGAAAAUUUGAUUUAAAAAACACUAUAUAUAUAUAAAAAAAAAAAUACUACAUUACACUCAACUUUUUUUAUUAUUUUUUUUUUUUGACCAUUAAGGACGACUUAUAAUGCACUUUCUGUUAAAUUUGCAAGAAUUUCUAUUUAAUCAAUCAGUAGCAGAGUAUGUACCUACCAAAUAAAAAUUACAAAAACCUUACAAAUUAAAAUGACUACAACUAGUUAACAGACUAUUAACUAUAACUCAAAAAUGGCUCAAAUAUUUUUAAAAUUUGAUAAGAUCUAUAAGAGCAUAUAUAAGUUUUCUGUAAAAAUGUCAAUUCAAUACGAAUAUGUUUAACUAAAUACUCGUAUUACAACAAUAAAACAAGAUUGAAAAUAAUUUUCCUGUUUUUUCUACCUUUUUUUUUUUUUCAAUUGUAGUCAAUUAUUAAAAAACAACAGAGAAAAUCAAAAAACGACUUUCUUACCCAUCAACAAUAACAAUGUAACAAAAAAGGUCUCUUGUUGGUUUUCUAUUAGAGCAAUAUUUCUGGUGGAUAACAAAAAGCGUAAAAAUUUUAAAUAAUACAAUGGUACGCUGUUAAUUUUGAUAGUUUUUCAUUUUCGUCUUUUCCCUGUUUUCUCAAUUAUUAUGAAAAAUACUCGGAAAAUCAAAAAAUGACAUAUUUAAUGUAAUAACCAGAUAAGAUUUAUUUUCAGAAAAGGUGCUACACUUGAUACAUUGGAGCAAGUUUUGUUUUCGAAAAGUGGUUUACAGACCGAAAAAAAAAAUAAAAACAUACAUGAUAUUAAAACCGACAAAUCCCUCGAAACGCUUCAAAUCUGAAAUGUUCUAGAUAUAUUCUUUGUAUUCUUUUCUAGUUUAAUUACACCGCCGUUAAUAAAUUACAAUAAAAAAUACAUAACAUUGUGUUGUUGACUAUUAUAGAAAAAAAGUUUGUUGUACUUACAAUUCAGUGUAGAUUAGGUACCUAUUAAUUUUUGUUCCCACUCGGGAUUUUAUAAUUAACACAAUUAUUAAUGCACGUAAUGUUCAAGUAAUUAAUUAUGAGAUUCUCACCGAUCUGAUGAAUAGAUAAACAAAGUAAUUAAAUCUAUUUCGGUUGAUUAUAUAAUUAUUAUAAAAUUAAUAAAACAUUUAAGAUCAUUAAGAUCAUUCGUUUUCAUGGCCGUUAAAGAAAUAUAAAUAGCUUAUCAAUAAUAAACAUUUUCUUCUUCUACAACUGUCAAAUUUGACGUCGUUCAAAAUAAACGGACAAUAAAUUUAGUGUGUUCACCAAUUAAAUAUUAGUUCUUACCGUACUCGCAGUAUUUAAGAAAACAACUUAUGGCUUUAUGUAUUUUUAAGUAUAAAAAGUGAAACAUGAUUCUAAGUGGAACGUAGUAUUAGUUGUGUUUUUUUCCUUUAUUGCUAAGGGAACUGCAGAGAUCAACAAAAAUCUAAAAUAAAAAAAGGAUCUAGGGGAUGAACUGCAGACAAUUUCAAUAAAUAUUUAAAAUAAAGUACCGUCAGUCAGAAAUCAUCGUUUAAUAUACAAUAAAAACAACUUGGACUAUCUGUCUAACUAUUGAAGUAUUAAAAACAAAAAAAAAAAGUAUUCUUUUGGAAAAAUAAUUAUUAUAUUUCAUAUAUGAAUUCGAAAACAUGUUUCAAUAAAAUAAAAUAAAGUAAAAAAUCCGUCCCUUUUAAUGUAUGGCAUGAAAAAGUCGGAGAAUACUGAAUAAGUAUUUUCUUUGAAAGCAUAUGCAUCUCACUGAAACUUAAGCUUAUUUGUUAAAAAAAAGAAGAUCUAAAAUGGUGUAAAACGGGAAAUGUACCUAUUAGAGAUAACAAUAUGUUUAAUGAUAACAAAAAGUCAUGUAAAUCGUGUAUAAUCAUUUAUAUCGAUAUUUAAAAUUGGAAAUCGUGUUACAGAGCGGCAGCGACCCGGCAGCUCCUCAAGCGGACAGUAGUGGCAGUAACUCGGGUGGUAGCGGUAGUGGAUCCAUAUUAAAUUUGGUGGCCCCGUUGGUGGGCAGCAGCAGUGGCGUGAGUUUUUAACACAUUGUUUUAAUUUAAAAUAUAUACUAUUGUAAAUUAUCUCCCGGUAAUACUAAUUAAUACCGUAUGUCUUUCAACUCUGCGUUUGUCAAACAGAGCGUAAGCGCCGGAUCUUCUGGUAGUGCUUCCGGAAGUAGUAGCGGUAGCAGUGACAGUAGUGCGGCGGAUCCAGCUGGUUCUAAUGGAUCCGGCUCCAGCUCUGGUGGCAGCGGUUUUUCCAGUAUCCUAUCUAUAUUGGGACCCAUUGUGGGCAGCAGUAGUGGUAGUGGUGUAAGUAUUUAAAUAUAAUACUUAUUAUUACUAAUGUGAAAAUUUUAAUUGGCCGAAAAAAAAUAUAUACGCGCAAAAUUUGGUACGCAUAACGCGGAUUCUUUUGUGUGAUAUAUUUAACCGUAUUCAAGUAAAAAAAAAAUGAUCUAUCCAUUUACUAUAUAUGCAUACAUCUCUCUAUGGCAAGCCGAUGUUUAUGCAAAGCAUUACAGUUUAGGAAAAUUGCUCAGGUAAAAAUUACUCUCUAGACGAAGAACAAAAUAUCUUGUUUUGAUAAAUAUGAUUUUAGACGGAUUCAUAGACAUCGAUAAUAGAAUAUGGAGUAUGCAGAAGGAGGACAAAUAGGGAAGUUCAAAUUAUUUAUUAAAAAACAAAUAUAAGUGCUUAUCUCAGUAGCUAACGACUUAAGUGUGCAGGCCAUGUCUCGAAUAAACGGCCCUUUAAAAGAAAUCCUUGGUCAAAAAAUUAAAUCAAAAAAGACCCAGGAGCCGUUCAAGGCAGCUUUGGCAGACAAAGAUUAUGAUAACUUAAUCAAAUGUUCCCAAGAACUAACAAUAGAAGAUAGCGUGACAGAGAUAGAUAGAGGAGUAUAGUUGAGGUAGUGCGGGUCUUCCAAGGACUGAAAAAGCUUAAAAAAAUAUUUAUUUUUUUUUUAUUUUGCGUUAAGUUGAAUUCUAACCGUUUUUCACAUAAUGACCUAAUGUGUAAUACAAUUAUAACAUUUGUAUAUAGGGUAACGGCGGUGAUGGGGGAGACAGUUCGAAUGGCGGUAAUGGCGCCGGAAGUCCCGCAGGUUCCAAUGUUCUGAGUCUGUUGACGGGUCUGCUGGGCAGUAGCAGUGGUUCGUCGAGUGGCGGUCAAUCAUCGUCGCCAAACGGUGACGCAAGUAAUGAUUCGGUCGGUAUUGUUUUUCCUCAACAAAUCUACGAUAAUAAUAAUAAAUACAGAAGCGUUUUGAAUUAGAUGUUGUAGUCAUUGCAGACAUGUUCCGAGGGGAGGGGAGGAGGUUAGAAUGUAAUACGAAAAAUAAAAAGUUGAAAAACAUUCGUUUCAAUAAUAUUAAAAAUAAUUGUAUUUCACAAUAUAUAAUUACAUAAUAUUAUAUUGUUAUGAUUUGAACGGUACAUAUUAUAUUUUGAAUAGUUUUUGAAUGGCAAUUGAGAUCAAGGAUCUUUUUUACGCCAAGUUCAUUAAUACUGAUGAUUAUUUCAAAUUAAAAAAAAAAAAAAAAAACAAUUUCUCUUAUACUCGUUCAUGCGGAUUUGGUAUCUGUACAGCCUUUUUGUAAUAAUAACCUAUUAAACUAUUUAAUCUGUUUAAUCAAUUUAAACAAUUGCCAGUUAAGGUUAUAGGAUCUGGUUCUCCAAAUUUUAAAAAUUUUAGUGACCAUAUUAAAGUAAAUAAUUUUUUACUAAUCUAUUGUUCGAUAAUAAUUUAAGGGAAAGGGGUAUAGCUGUUUUCAUGGACCAAAAUGAUUUUACAAAAAAAACCCUCGAUUUAUUUUUUUUUUUCAAUUUAAUAUUAAAGCAAAAAACUUUUUACAAGUCACAUUAAACUCUAGUUUUUAAUUUAUCUGUCAAAAUUAAAAUUAAAAACUAACAGAAUUUGAAUUUUGAAAAUCGGAGUUUUAUUGCUACCUACAAAAAGUUAUUUUCUUUCAAAUAAUAUUAAUAAAAAAAAAAACAUCGAAAUCUGACGAGUCUACUAGUUUUCUCACGAGGCGUGCUUUCGAAAGUGGUUACUACAGCUUUAAAGAGUUAUGCAAAGAAACAAUAGGUAAUAGUAUUUCGAUAAUCGAAAUUAUAUAUUUAAAAUUGGCAUUAAGUACGUUUCAUUUAAAUUGCAUACAAUAGUAAUAUAACAAACUAAAAUAAUAAAAUAAACACAUUCGAAUCAUCAAUUUUUUACUCUUAUAUUCCAAAAAAGAUGACUACAAUAACUAAUUAUUGUAAAACUAUAUUCUGUCUAUUAAAUGUCUGUUUUACAUACUAAUAAUAUAUGAUUGAUUUUAUUGUUUUGUAAAGGGUGCCGGAGCGGGGGGUUCUGGAUCCGGUAGCAUAUUACAGUUGAUUGGGCCAAUAUUAGGCAGCAGUAGCGUAAGUACACAGUUUUUUCUCGAAAUACUUUGUGUUCAACUAUCAUUUUUAGUUAAAUUAUAUUUAGUGCAUAUGUAUACCACCGCAGCAGCAAUAUAACACUUUUCCGUAUUUAUUUAGUACGUAUUAACGUAAAGGAUCGCAAAUUCAUAUAUAUAUAUAAUUAACAAUUUUAUUUUUUAUGAAAACAAACAAAAAUUUUGCAUGUAAUACAAUAUAGUAGUGGUAGUUUUCCGAACCACAAGCCACGUAGUUAGUAACCAACGACUCUUGUAAAUUAAAUAGUUAUAAACUCAUAAUGUUAUGUUAAAAUAUGUUCAGUAUGGCUAUAUGAAAUUAUGAACAAGUAAUGUACAAGGUCAUAAUAAUAUAAGAUGAUCUUAUACUGAUGUCUAUCAAGGGCAACUUCUAAAACGAAAAUUCAAAAAAUACUUAAAUACCUACAAAGUUAACGAUGAUGACUAUUCCACAAAAUCUCUGUUUUAGAUGUUGAUUUUUAUUUAUUAUUUUUUGUGAGCAACUUUUCUACCAGAAAUUUUGCUCCAAUUUUCAAUUGUCACACUUUUUCUGAAAGAAAAUUUUAUCAGGGUGGCAUUUUAAGGAGUUCAAUUUUUGGUUUUUAAACUAUUUUCAUAAUAACUGGGAAAAACCUAGAAAAAUCAUAGGAAUAACGGGAACAUUUACGAAAUAUAUAAUUUUUUAAUUUGUUUUUUGUUGUGAUUUGGUUAAAAAUAUUCAGAGAGACUUGAAAUAUAAACAGACAGCUUAAAUUUACCUUUUCUAGACGUGUUAAAAUUUUCAAAACAUUUUAACUGUUUUUAAUCUAUUUAUAGGCAUUUUAAUUGUGUGAGUUUUUUUUAUGUCAUUUUUAUUCGGUAAGUACUCUGUUGAUACGAUUGUUAGACCAAACAGAAAAGCUUGACAAUUUACUGUAAGUUAGUUAUAAGUCAGUCUUUCUGGUAAAAUAAAAUUGAGUUUAAUGUAAAAUUUUAGUAUCUAAUUUUAAUGAAAAUCGUAAAUAUUACGACAUACUAAAACAUAUAUAACCGAACUCUGCUUAGAAUCGUUUUUCGUUAGCAAAGAUAAAUCGUUGCUUAAAAAUAUACAUUAAAUUCCCCUCUAUAAACUACCUUCCAAAUUUCUCAUCUACAGCAAUCGUCAAAGUAUGUCCGUUUUAUUUUCGUUAAUUCUAAUUUUUAUGAAGUACAAAUAUAAUUUUGAUAUAGCAUUUAUCAUAAAGAAAAUCAAUAACAAUAUAAUAUUAUAUUCACUUACAGUUAAUAGAUAAAUUUGUAAAUAAACCAUAUCGAUAAUUAUAAUUGUUCAUAAGAAUGAGUAAUAAAUAAUGUACAAUUGUGUAUCAAUAGUUAAAUAUAGUUAGUUAGCAAUGAUAUAGUAUACAAAAAAUGGUCAAAUUAAUGAUAAAUACCUAUAUGUAUUAUAGUUCUUUUAUGUAUUAAAUAUUAUAAAUUAUUAGGUGAUUUAUUUAAACAGUUUAUAUUUCUUAGCGUAUAUAUUGUUUAAUAUUAUUACUUACCUUUGAAAUGUAGAGAGCACUAUGCAGAUGAAAUCACUUAAUUAGUCAUGGCAAAUGGGGUAAAAUGAGAAAAAUUAGUAUUUUCUUUUUAAUUAAGUAUAAUAAAGGGCAACCCUAAUGCACGCAUAUGUGUAUGUAGGAUGAAGAUAAACCACUAACUGAUGGAAGUGAUUACAUUGAUAACCUUAUAAUGGAUGGAACAGCAGAUCAUUUUUAUGAAGACAGCGACAGCAACGCAAUAAACAUUGAUAUUAGAAGUGUGAAUUUGGAAUCAAAACUUGAAUUGGAUAGUUCUUAUUCCAAAUCAUUAGGUGACGACGAUGGUAGUAGUGGUGAAUUAAAUUCAGAGUCAAUGCACGACUUAGCUAGUUCUCCUUCGGGUUCGUCGAGUGGUAGGGAUGCUGGAGGUGGUAAAGGAUCAGAUUUAAGCUCAAUACUCGAUUUAUCUGGUCCUCUUUCGGGAUCGCUAAGUGGCGGGGAUGGUAAUAGUAGUGGUUCAGAUUUAGGAUCAAUACUCGAUCUGGCUAGUCCUCUAUCGGGGUCGUUAAGUGGUGGGGAUGGUGGCGAUGGGGGAUCGGAUUUAGGAUCAAUACUUGACUUAGCUGGACCUCUAUCCGGUUCAUUAAGUGGCGGGGAUGGUAGUAGUAGUGGUUCAGAUUCAGGGUCUAUACUUAGCUUAGUUGGUCCUCUAUCUGGGUCAUUAAGUGGAGGGGGUGGUAAUGAUAGUGGGUCGGAUUCGGGUUCAAUAUUAAAUUUAAUAGGACCAUUAUCUGGAUCAUCGAAUGGCAGUGGAGGGGGCUCAGAUUCAGGAUCAAUACUCGAUUUGGCUGGUCCACUUUCGGGUUCGUUAAGUGGUGGGGAAGGUAGUAGUAGUGGUUCAGAUUCGGGGUCUAUACUUAACCUAGCUGGCCCUCUAUUUGGGUCGUUAAGUGGUGGGGGUGGUGGAUCAGAUUCUGGGUCGAUAUUGAAUUUAGUGGGACCAUUAUCUGGAUCAUCGAGUGGCGGUGGAGGUGGUGGCGAAAGCAAUAGUGGAUCGAAUUCAGGAACAAUACUUGAAUUAGCUGGUCCUCUUUCCGGCUCAUUAAGUGGUGGAGAGGGAAACAGUGGUGGUUCAGAUUCGGGGUCAAUAUUGAAUUUAGUCGGACCAUUAUCUGGAACAUUAAGUGGUACUAGAGACGGAGAGGGAGGAUCGGAUUCUGGGUCUAUUUUAAAUUUAAUUGGACCACUAUCCGGUUCAUCGAGUAGUGGUAAUCAGAAUAGUAACAAGGGUGGUAAAAACUUUAACGGUAAUAGUAAUUCUACUUUUAACACCACAAAGAACUCUAUAAAGGGGGGUUCCUUUAAAACUUCUUCAAUGCAUGUCUAUGGGAUGAAAAAUUCUUUCCUAGCUAAUCUGUUGGCAUCCAUCCUGUCACAAUCUUCCACUGGUUCUACGUCUGCGUCUGCCGCUGCAUCUUCGUUGUCAUCAUCUGAUUCAACAGUAGUGGCAAGUAACAUGCUUAUAUAAAAUGACUCGAGAAACCCAAUAAAAAUCUCAAACAAUUCAAUAAUUUAAAACAACAAAAUUAAUACAAUUAAAAUAUUAAAAUUUGUAUAAUUACAUUACAAUAUAUGUAACAAUAAACAAUUAUCAUACAUGGUCUGUUAGUAUCUGUUCUUAUUCGUUUUACAUGCAUUUUUUUUAUAGUUAACAUUAUUUCAUGCAAUCAAAAAUGAAUAAUUAUUCCGUCUCCCCUCAAAUAAUAAUAAAUACUAUUAUCUAUCUCGUGCUGCAGCGGUUAAUAGUGUUACAAAUAUACGUAUAAUAUAAUUGAUUAUAUAUAUAUAUAUAUAUAUAUUGGUAUGAAAACGAAUUUUAUUUAUAUUUUUAUUUGCGUCGGUUAGAGCGGCGGAACCGGUGGUGACCGUGGAGAUGGAAGUGCCGCCGGUGACGGUGCCGGAGGUGGUUCCGAUAUCGUGGGACUCCUAGGAUCGAGCAGCGGUUCCAGCAGUGGGCCCAGUGGCGGAGCAGCGGCCCCCUCUACGGCGGUAAGACGUCAGAUCGGGAGCGGUGGUUUUUUCCGUAGGUCGUUUGCGUCCACGGCACCGGCUAAUGAUAUCCAAGACGUCUCGUACACGCAACUAUUGAACGACCGGCCACGGUCCUUGCGCCAGCGGUUGUGGUUGUAG